AUGUGGUUGCGCGGCGUUACCGUUCUUGUGGCAGCGGCGUCGUUAGCCGGUGUUUACGGUGCUGAAGAGAAUUCGGUCAGUGUGGUGAUCAAUCCGAGAAAUGUAAUCAACUACAUCAGCCAGGAGUUUGUGGGCUUUUCGGCACAACCGAGGACGGUGUUUGAAGACUCGAUAAAUCCUAUUAGUGAGACUAGUUUUCUGAUGGCCCGGAAUUUGGGUCCGAUGUAUUUCAAAGUGUUCGGUGAUUCCGGUCAGCUAGAAUUGAAUAUGGCCGGUUCCAGUGAAACCCUGUUCGACACGGAACUGAUUCAGCUUACGCCGAACGGGUGGAAGGCAUUCGACGAAUGGGCGGAGCUGGCCGGUGUGAUACCGGUUUUCGUGAUAGACUACAGUGGUGAAAAUUGGAAACCGAAAAGUGCCCUCCGAGUGUUGACCGUCGCUCAUAAGUUGGGUAUCCGAGAUUGUCUUUGGCAGCUUGGCAGUGUAAACAUUACGAACGCAGUUAAAUAUGUGGAAGAUCUGCGAGCACUUCAGCUGAUCGUUAGGGCGUUCAAUUUCUGGGGCAUAGUGGCCGCUGAUGUCAGUCCAACGACGGCCGGUGUGGAACAGGCUCGGUAUUUUAAUUUGCAUGUGGACGAUAUUGCCGAUGCCAUUGCUGUUAUUUUCGAGCCGUCAUCGAAAGACCUCCGGCUGAAAGAGUUCGUAUUCCAACGAGAAGCUCACAUCAAAGGUCCGGCCCGAUCGCAUCUUCCGGUGUGGUUAGAUGCAAAGCUACCGUCAAAUUUGGGACCCAACGGUACUUGCGAUCACACGUGCCUUCAAGAAGGUCUUCAGUAUGCAACCUUACUGGGAGAUGCAGCCCGUAACGGAUUCGAUUCCGUUUUCAAAUCAUUGAGCCGCGAUGAAGUACAGUAUUACGGGUUCAAUUACCUAAUUGCCCUUCUGCACCGAUCAAUGGUAGGUUCCAAAGUUUUCGACGUUCGGCAGUCUAGCAAAGAUGGUGCUCAAAUCUAUGCUUACUGUAGUCGUAGCGGCAAUGGUUCAAUCACGGUGAUGGCAACCAAUCAUUUAGCAGAAAACGUUGAAUUUGACUUAACACUUUUAGUCAAGGAACCCUCGGCUGAUGUACAUCAAUACAUUCUGAGCAUUGUCGACGGCGAAUAUCUGAUCAACGAUGAAGUCUACGACUUCCAGACUAGCCCAACACCUGUCAAGAAAGUGCAUCCACUCUUAAAAGAUUUCCACCUUAAUUUACCCGCCCAUUCUGUAGGGUUCUGGGUCAUUCCGAAUCUUAAACUAAGGGAAUGCUACGACGACUACCAGGAAAUGCGUUACAAAUACGCUUGAAGCAUCGACGAGGUAGAAAGCACGGUCGAGAAACUGCUACAGGAACUGAUCGCAGAACGAGCCAAGCAGGACAUUACUCAGUUCAGCCGUCGGAAACGUUCGGUUACCAACGAUCUGAAGGAGAUGUUGACAGGAAAGCUGAACAGCGUAAGCAAUCGAAAGGAAACCGAAGUCGCCGCCAGACAACCACG